CCGGGAGCCGCUUCCAUGGAGCGACAGGUACGAGCUCGGCGCGCGUCAGCCCUGGCUCCUGCCCCGGCUCCGGCUCCGGCUCGGCUCUCCCCGGCUCGGCAGCCGCGGCCUGACCCGUGUGUUCCCCCCGCGCAGGUGCAGAUGAGCGAGCUGGACGAGGCCACGGCGCUGUACCGAGCGCUGAGCCGCCACCCCGCGCUGGUCACCGCCGGCCUGGGCCCCGAGGUCACCACCCAGUACGGUGGCAAGUACCGCACGGUGCAUUCAGAAUGGACUCAGCGAGACCUGGACCGGAUGGAGAGCAUCCGGUUCUGCCGCCAGUAUCUUGUGUUCCACGAUGGUGGCUCUGUGGUGUUUUCUGGACCUGCGGGCAACAGCAUUGAAACCAAGGGGGAGCUGCUGAGCAGAGAUUCCCCCUCUGGGGCAUUGAAGGCUGUGCUUCGAAAAACUGGGAGUUCAAAGGCUGGGGAAGAGAAACAGUUCCUGGAGGUUUGGGAAAAGAAUUGUAAGCUGAAGAGCAUCAACCUAACAGCGCUGGAGAAGCAUGGGAUUGUGUAUGAGGAUGAUUGCUUUGGGUGCCUUUCCUGGUCACACUCAGAAAGCCAUAUUCUCUAUGUGGCUGAAAAGAAACGUCCCAAGACAGAAUCUUUCUUCCAGACCAAAGCCGUAGAGGUCAGCGAUGAAGAGACAGCCAAGCCAAAGAAACAGGACCAAGCAGUCAAGGGAGAUCAGUAUAUAUUUCAUGAAGACUGGGGAGAAAAUUUGGUUUCCAAAAGCAUCCCAGUCCUGUGUAUUUUGGAUAUUGAAAGUGGAAACAUCUCAGUGCUAGAGGGAGUCCCAGAGAAUGUUUCCCCAGGACAGGCAUUCUGGUCUCCUGGUGACACUGGUGUGGUGUUUGUGGGCUGGUGGCAUGAGCCUUUCCGACUAGGAAUGCGUUUUUGUACCAACCGCAGGUCGGCUCUGUUCUAUGUAGACCUCACCGGUGGCAAAUGUGAGCUCCUUUCUGAUGACUCCAUGGCUGUGUGUUCCCCAAGACUGAGUCCAGACCAAUGCCGUAUCAUCUAUUUGCGGUACACAAACCUCAGUCCCCAUCAGCAGUGCAGCCAGUUGUGCUUGUAUGACUGGUACACAAAAGUCACCUCAAUCGUGGUGGAUGUUGUGCCCCGACAAUUGGAAGGUUCCUUUUGUGGAAUCUUCUGUAGCCUGUUGCCUUUGGGAUGCUGGUCAGCUGAUAGUCAGAGAGUCGUCUUUGAUUCUGGCCUGCGGAGCCGACAGGAUCUGUUUGCAGUGAAUAUCCAAACAGGCAGUAUGACCUCCCUGACAACUGGGUUACCUUUGGGAAGCUGGAAGUUGCUCACGAUUGACCAAGAUCUCAUGCUAGUUCAGUUCUCCACUCCUAACCAACCACCAAGCUUGAAAGUGGGCUUCCUGCCUCCUUCAGGGAAGGAGCAAGAGAUCCACUGGGUAACCCUGGAAGAUGCAGAAUCCAUCCCAGAAAUCACUUGGGCCAUCCGUGUCCUGAAACCACCUCCUGAGCAAGAGAACCCAAAGUACCCUGGCCUUGACUUUGAAGCAAUCCUCCUGCAGCCCCCCAGAAAAGCUGAGAAGUCCCAGGUUCCCCUGGUGGUCAUGCCUCACGGGGGACCCCAUUCAUCUUUUGUGGCAAGCUGGAUGCUGUUUCCUGCUGUUCUCUGUAAGAUGGGCUUUGCUGUCCUGCUAGUGAACUAUCGAGGUUCCACAGGCUUUGGACAGGAUAGCAUCUACUCCCUCCCUGGGAAUGUGGGAGACCAAGACGUGAAGGAUGUUCAGUUUGCCGUGGAACAGGUGCUCCAGGAGGAGGAGUUUGAUAGGAAUCGAGUGGCUCUCAUGGGAGGAUCCCACGGGGGCUUCCUGUCUUGCCACUUGAUUGGCCAGUAUCCAGACUCCUACAGGGCCUGUGUAGUUAGGAAUCCUGUCAUCAAUGUGGCAUCUAUGUUCUGCUCUACUGACAUUCCUGACUGGUGCAUGGUAGAAGCAGGCUUUCUCUACACUUCUGAUUGCCUCCCUGACCCCACCACCUGGGCAGAGAUGCUGAACAAAUCACCAAUCAAGUAUGCUUCUCAGGUUAAGACGCCCCUUCUCCUCAUGCUUGGCCAAGAAGACAAACGCGUCCCUUACAAACAGGGUAUGGAGUACUACAGGGCUCUCGUAGCCAGGAAGGUACCUGUGCGGUUCUUGCUGUAUCCCAGGAGCAACCACUCCCUCUCUGAGGUGGAAGUGGAAUCUGACAGCUUCAUGAAUGCCGUCCUUUGGAUGCGGACGCACCUGGAGUGCUGAGGAGCAGGGAGCAGGGUCGGGCCCCUGCCCACCUGGCCCUGGCCCUGGCCCUUCUCUCUUACCCCGUGCUGUGAUAACGCAAUACUGACAUUUCCGUUCUCCAAGCUGUCUUAACAAAGGAUUCAUAAUGAGCUAAAGAGGAGGAUCCUGAUGUAGCCCCCCAGGCUGUGCGUACUAUAGCCCUUCCCAGGCAGAAGGGAGAUGAGGAUUCCCACUAACCUGUCUGGCCAAAGAAUAGACCGAGACCUUCAGCUGAACCACUAAGGAACCAUCUGUGCCUCCCACCCAGGCUUACAGGGUGGGCCUGUCCAGCCUGAUUCCAUCUUGGAGGACAGUGGCGGGGUGCAGAGGGGGCAGUUGUGUACAUUUUGAUAUCUGAUUGCUAACCUGCAAAGUUGCUCUUUGGGGUUGAGUUUGGGCACUUUCCACAAGCCCAUUGGAUAAGCCCUAAGGGCUGGCCCUGGUGCUAAGCCCUUGUCUUGGUGCUUUAGGGGAUGCUUUUUAGGAAGCCAGAAGCAAGAUGUAGAGAGAAGAGCAUUUGGCCCAUUUCCUCAUCUGCUAAAUGGGGGGUUUGAACUGAAUCUCCCAGAGGCCAUCUAGCUAAUUCCUGUGUUCCAUACCUGACUCUAGUUGGCCCCUAAGACUAGGUACUAGGCCCAUUGUGGACCACAAGUCCUGACAGCGCUCAGCAGAGGUAUGUGCUAAUAAACAUGACCCUGGUGAAAAGAUGA